ACUUGCCUUGGGGAGGUGUAGAUCUACAACUGACUUGGUUAUGGAGUACCAGAUCUGGCAGGCCUAUAUAAGAGACAUCCGCAAGUUCGUGAUCGGAGCCAGGGAGCAGCAUAGGUAUUGAUAAGCUUCUCAUAUGAGGUUCUCGGAGACAGGUAACGCCUGAUAUCAAAAAAAUAUCAUUAUCGGAUUUAGUCGACUGCAUGAUUGCCUUUGUCCCAUCCUGUUCAUUUCUUGAGUUGAGUGCCUCUCUAAAUCCUUGUCUCGGGAAUUAGAGCGGUCCACAAAUCGAGAUAUGGCAUGCAUCUGUCCUCUGAGAUCAGCUACAUACAAGCUACCAACCAGCCAACCAGCCAACCUCCAUGUGAAGUGGAUUAGAGCAGACAAGGUGAGAGAGAGAAAACCGACAAAUACCAUCGACUGCUUAGUCAGUUUUCAGAUAUCUCCACUCUUGCUGCAACGCCUGGACGCUUUUAGAUGUCCAAACGGGACCGACCUUUUGGAAGAAAGAAUCAGCAUACGUAUGCCACCAAUGACUAAGCGGUUUUGGAGCUCCUGCUUUUUCCAACAGCUCCAGGAAGGCAACGCCCGAAGUUCACGGUCACAACCUGUAGCUAGAUCUCGCUUCAAGCUCGAAGUUUCUUGACAGAAUAGCAUGCACAGUUUCGAUCAAGCUUCCUAAGCCCGGGUUCAGCUUCAGCUUCAGCUUCUCGGGCGAAGUAUUCAACUCCAUAGUAGGUGCUCUAUCGGACAAAGAGCUGGAUGAGUUCGCCAAAUCUCAUGUCAUCAUUGGCAUCAGACAGUCGACGAACUGUCUGAUGCCAAUAUUUCAUGGCCGGCGAAAAUUAUCGAGCCUAUCCAUCAUAAUGCUUCUGAGCUGAUUAGAACUAUGCACCAUUCGUCGUCUCGGAGGCAUUUCUUGUGUGUUUAUCAACUCAUAUGGGCCACUUUGAAGAACUGUACCAGCAAAUUCAACUCAUAAUUUCUUGAGCUCUAAGAUUGCUUCCGGACACUGUUCUCUUAAAAAAAUUUAUCAUAAUCAACCUGAAAGGUUGUUGGAACUCGAAUCGCAGUGUCAUCGGAACGCAUUCUAAAGUUGGAAGUGGCUUAUAUGAGUUGUCAAACACACAAUAGAUUCGUCUGGCUUUGCUGUGAUCGGUUGAUUGAUGU